AAGCCCAAAGAAAUAUAAGAAGAAGGUAUUUUUUUUUAGUCCAAGAAGACUUUAUAUUAGCCCAAUGGAGAGCCCAAAUAUGUCUGAGCCCAUUCAUUCCAAUGACCCAACCCAUUUUUUUAACUCAUUUUCCAAACCUAAUCUUUCAUCCCAAAUAUGCAACCAAAACGUCUCCCUCAUCCCUUUUCCCUUUCAAGAAAAAAACUUCAGUACCCUACAUCAAUGGCAGAAGCUUGCCCUUUCCAUUUUCGCGAAAAAUCUUCAGAUCUUGGCGUGACCACUGACAGAAGGACUCUCCCCCUUUCAUAUUUGACCAAAACUAUUCGAAAUAUAGAGGUAUAUGUCAUCUUCACCCAAUAUUUUCACUCUGUCUUCUUCCAUUUCGGGCACAAAUCUGACCAAAUCACAUGAAAGGUCUACAAGGUCGUCCAAAAUUUUCAAACGGGCAUUUUGACUCAAGAUUCAAACCAGAUGCUCUAAGAAUCCCGCCCAAAAAACAUCCCAAAACCCUAGCUCGCAGUUAUAAAUAUUCGUCUUGCAUCCAUUUUAGGAUGGAGGUUUUGUUUUGGGAGCCAUCACCCCUCACUUUAAAUUACUGUUGAAACCAAACUUCACUCUAAAAAAAGGUACAUUCGGUUUCUGUCAAGAUUUCGGACUUAAAGGGUUUUCCGAGUUCAAAGUAUUCGACGUUUGAGCCUUAGAUCGGUGACCUAAAAGCCUAGUUCGCUGCAUCCGAAAAAGGAUGGAUUUCGUCUCUCAGAUCCCCAAGGUUAAGAUGGUCAGUGGCGUCCCAAGCAAGCUGAGGAUAUGGUGGGAAGAUUUGGACCUAGGUAGUAGACUGGCUGUCACAAGGCGGUUGAGGUUCCUUACUUCACUGUUCCAGAUCACUCCCGACAAAUAUGUGAUUAGAGCGUUACUUCAAUUCUGGGACCCAAAUCGAGUUGUCUUCAAAUUUAAGGAUUUUGAACUCACACCCACAUUGGAAGAAAUAAGUUAUUUCACAAGUUUGAAAUAUCAAGAGAGAGGUCAGAUUAUCCCACACAGUCAAUCAGGGAAGAAAUUUCUCCGCUACUUAGGGUUGAAGAACACUAAAGAACUCCGAUGCUUCGAGAAUAACUGGGUCUCUUUGGAUUAUUUGUAUGAGAGGUAUGGUCGUCAAGAUGGUUACAAGCUGUUCAAGAAGGAAUUCUCAUGCACUCCCGCCCAUUGGCAAGUUAGACGUCUCAUUGUAUUUGUUGUUGCCUUACUUGGGACUUUGGUAUUCCCACGUGAAUACGGGAAGAUCAGUACGUGCAUAUGUUCUAUUGCUCGAGCACUUUUUGAAGGAGUCGACGGUGCGCAACUCACCUUGGUCCCCAUGAUUUUGGCAGAAAUACUUCGAGCUCUAGGAAAAUGUAAAAGAGGUGAAACAAAUUUCUUUGAGGGUUGCAAUCUUCUCCUCCAGAUGUGGGCAAUGGAGCAUUUUUACCAACGUCUGAAUAUGGCAGACAUAUGCUUCAGUGAAUCAAACAAAAUUGGUAGUUUUUAUGAAAGAACGAAACUAUUUGUAUCUCCAGUUGGCACUAAUGAUUGGUAUGUGUUCUUGGCUUCCCGAACUAGUGAUCAAAUCCAAUGGAAGUACCCCUUGCUAUCACCUACCAUGGCCUACAUAAGAGGUAGGAGGCUUUACUAUAUUGAGCUUAUUGGGUUGAAAGGACUCCAGCCAUACGCUCCAGUACGCGUACUUCGACAGUUCGGUAUAGAUCAAGUAAUCCCUCUCCAAGCUAAUAUGAGUGGUUUUGAAAUACUUUUUGGGCAAGACUUCAGAGUUCCUAGAGCUAGCCAAAUUCUUGAUGAAUGGGAUAAUAUUGAUCCGAUAAGUAUUAGGGCUGGACCGGCAAGAGGUAUCACAGAAUAUCAUGCGUGGCUGCAAGAAGACUAUGGUAACAUAGAUACUAGCCCAGUAGGUGAAUCAGGCUUCGAGGAUAUUGGGAAGAUAAUUUGGAUAAGACAUUCUCGCUUAGGGACCAUGGUUGUCACUCCCGAGAUGUGGGAUCAAAUGGCUAAUAUAAUGCAGUAUUUGGGGAAUGCGGGAGCAGGGCCUAGCAAUGACGGAGCAUCAUCUUCAGUUCAGCCGCCAGCAUGAUCAAGUGCGAAAGAUCUAGGCCAAGUCUUAGGAUUGUCUUUACAUUAUGUAUUUUGGUUUAUUGUCUCAUUAAUGUACUCGUUUUUGUUAUUUCAAUGAAACUUGGCUUUUUAUU